CCACCCACCCUCUAGCAGAACUCUCCUGUGGGUCUGGAGCAGUGAGCAGCGAAGGAAAAUGAGCGUUUCGCCUGAGCCAAAGUCCCUGGGGAAACAAAUCGUGAGCAACCUGCAAACGCUGUCGCAAAUUGUAGAGUUGAAUGUUGGUGGGGAGAUGUUUACCACCACACUGAACACCUUGAAGAAACAUCCUGGUUCCAAACUGGCUGAGAUGUUUGGCGGAGGCCAGCCCAAGCCCCGAAUGGACUCGGAGGGGAGAUACUUCAUAGACCGGCCUGGGACUUAUUUUAAGUACAUCUUGGAAUAUCUCCGCAGCAACCAGGUGCCCAUGCAGUGUGUCCAGGAGGUGUACAAGGAAGCCCUCUUCUAUGAUAUCAAGCCUUUGAUCAAACAACUGGAGGAUUCCCCUCAGAUCUUUGGUGAGCUAGUGGCCCGAAAGCAGUUCCUAGCCCGGGUGCCCAACUACACCGAGAACAUUGAGCUGAUGAUUCGCAUUGCCCGGGCUGAAGCGGUGGCUGCCCGUCAAUCCAGCGUCAUGGUGUGCGUGGUGAAGACGGAGGAGGACCUGGCCAAAUGCUACGAAGCCCUCAACAGCUUGGACACUUCCAAGAAAUCGGUGGUCAAUUUUGGCCCCUGGAAGGCCUCGCCGAACAUUGGCGACCUCUUGGACUGCAUCAAAAUGGACGUGGAGGCCAAAGGUUACAAGAUCUCCUUCCAGCUCUAUGUUCCAGAGAAGGGCUUCCGCUUCAAAUCCAAUGAAUUCUUCUACAAAUUUUUGUUCACUUGGUGGUAGCAUAAGAAGCUAAGAAGAGCCCUGCUGGAUCAGACCAAGGGUCCAGCUACUCCAGCAUUUUGUUCACUCAGUAGCCAACCAGAUGUCCCAAUGGGAGACCCACAAGCAAGACAUGAGUGCAAAGGCACCCUCCCGCCCAUGUUCCCCAGCAAUUGACAUGCAGAGGCAUACGGCCUCUGAUACUGGAGGUAGAAAGCCGGUGGUCCGGCACAUUAAAAUAAGUGGACCUUUGAAGGUGGCCGUGUUCUCUUUCCAUCUCUGUUUCAACUCUGCUGGAGUGACCUGGUAGAUUUGCUAAUG